AUGUUUGUGGUCAACCGCCAGUGCCACAGCCCAUGGCUACCCCUCAGCAUGAGCGUUAAUAUGAGAAAUCUUGAGUUUGUCUCUGAAUUCUUGAGGGGUAGUAGGGCUGGUGGGUUUGAGCAUCAAAGGGGAACUCCCGAGGACUCGGCCUGUCUAUUGACGGAACUACUGCUACACGAAGACAGCAAUCACGACGAGAAUCUCGACUUUUCUGAGUUUCAAAACGCAUUCAACAAACUCUAUAGUGUGACUAUGGUAACCUUAGACCAAUCACUGGCCAUAAACGUAGUACAGGCGCACGUCGGCGACAACGUUGAGAUCCGGUGCGAUAUAGUGGGCGAACCCCAGCCCCCUGCCAUCAAAUGGACCAGGUACAAUGUGGACCUCAACAACAUCAACAUACCUAACAUGAAGGUGUUCAGUGACGGCUCCCUAUACCUGACGAAUGUUCAGCUGUCGUUCACCGGGAACUACACGUGUCAGGCCGUCAACAACCCGCUCGUCAAACAGACACAUAUAUUGCAUACGAGUGUCGCGCCGUUAGUCGAAGUGAGUCCCCGAUUCCAAUGGGAACCGGUGGGCGGUAUGGCUACCAUCGACUGCAAGUACGAGACAUUUGAGUCGGACAUCAGCGUCGAGUGGUUCAAGAACGAGGAACUCCUACUGAGUAACCAACGUACCACCAUCAUGAACAAUGCUACCAGGGUCCAAAUUGGACAGUUGGAGCGCACCGAUACCGGCGCCUACAGCUGUCGAGUGUCCGACCGGAAGGACACGGCUACCGGUGCUGACGUGUCAUCCCUACUCAUACAGGACGACGCCGUGUCGGUCAGUGGGGACAGUGAUAUCACUAGGGAAAGGCUGUGGGUUUUCCACGGGAACGGUGUGUCGAUAUACUCGGGCGGCUGCGACGGACUCAUACACGAGUUGGACGGGCGGGACGUCAUCCCACAGAGUGGGCUCACCCUAUGCGGCGCCACCGACACCGAGCAGCACGUGAUAUGCGAGUGGAGCGACAACGCGCUGGUAGUCGAGGGCCGCAUAUACGCGGGUCAGCCCAACCUCAACCGGAUCGUCGUGUUUCACGGCCAACAGCUGAACGUCGUCCAGAUUAUAGCUACUGAUCCCCAGCCCCGGCGCCUGUGGUCCGUGGAGAACGGUGUGGACGACCACCAGAUAUGGGUGCUGUGCGCCGGCAGUUCACCCACAAUGAGGGACACGUCGACUACCGGUGACGACACGGAUGAUAACGACUCAUUUGGCGACUUCGAGGCCCGGAAGCAGUCGGACAGCGCGGAGUUCGAGUGGAACUACCCGUCCCAUCAGCAAAGGAAACAUAACCGGAAGACCAUUCAAGUGAUACGACUGUCCGCUAGUGUUCAUCAGCCGAAUGUCAUUCAUUUGCAGCCAAUCGACGGCCACUUCGAUCUCGUGUACGACAUGUUUGUCCCGCAGUUUAGUCCGCAACGGCUGCACCUCAAGCAUGGGAUUGCCAACCGCUACGCUCACGUAACCCACUGGGACGAGCGGGCUAUCAUCAAAGUGGAUAUGAGUCAGUUCAAAUACGUUAAGACAAUCAACCUGGCCGACUGCCAGCCCGUGCAGGGCGUGCACACCGAUCACGGCUUACUCAUCAUCCAGUGCCAGACGCCGGUCACCCAUCAGCUAACCGGCCAACUCGUGGUCGACCAGAUCACCGACGCUCUAAUCGCCUACAACCCGCACGUGAGGGCCCAGAAGUGCUAUCUGUCCCCCAACCAACACUUCCUGGUGAACGUACUGCACAACACAUCCACCCCUACAGCCACCACCGUUAUCGUCCAGAGGGUGACCCCCGAGGGACUGGAGUUUUUGUACGACGUGCGGACGUCCCUCGAUAUUGUCAACUGCGAGUUCGUCUGGAAGAAUGGCAACUAUGAUGCCGUACUGGCCUCGGGUACGCCUAAUCGCGAGGACCUCCUAUACCUGUCCCUCAGCGAUGGUAGAGUUGAACUUAUCACUGGCAUCGGACGGCCUACUAAUGGGUAA